AUGUGUAUCCAUCAAAGCAAUCUUUGUUUUUUUAGACGUGAUCGUUCUCGUGAUCGAUCCCCGUAUCGCUCGUCACGACGACGUCGUUCACGUAGCUCCAGUCGCCACCGUCAUCACAGAAGCCGCAGACGCGAUCGCUCCCGCACUCGUUCACGUUCGCCCAGGAAUUAUCAUCGUCGUAGCUCAGGUCUUGCGAGCUCAUCUUCUAGCUCUCUAGGUUCUCUUCUGGCGGCAGCUUCUCAGAAGGAUGGUGGUUCAUCAAGAAGCGACCGUGUUUCGGCUGUCGCUACAGCAGCGCUCACCCAAAUCCGUGCGGCUCAAUCUAAGGUGACAGAUGAAAAUGGCACACCUAUUUCAGCCCUUGAAGGAGCACUUAUUAUUGAUGGUUCGCUAGAUAAAGACGCCGAGCAAAAGCGUCUUGAAAUGGAAAUGCAGAAGCGUCGUGAGCGUAUCGAAAGAGAGCGACGUGAGAAACGUCUCAAACAGGAUGUAGCAACUGCCCACAGCAAACUCCUUGAUGGCAUCAAAAUGCGUUCUCUCAAAAAAUGGACACUAGAGGACGAUGACGACGACGAUGCUGUGCCCCCUCCCUCGGUAGCCAAGGAGGAUGGUGCCACUAAUGAGGAAGAGGAAAUAGAUCCUCUUGAUGCAUACAUGCAGGAAGUUAGUAAGGAGGCCCACCAGCAAGUUGAUGAUGUCAUUCCCGUCCCUCAGUUGGUUCAAACACCUGGCGGUCUCAUUCAAGCACCAGGACUCAUCACUAAUCCUCAGCUGGGAGCCGGUAAUCCAGAUGUUGGUCUGGAAAAUUUAAAGUCACAGAAGAAGGCUGGCAGGGGCGAGCUAAUUCUUGAUGAAGACGAGCAGGAUGUUGAUAUGCCAUAUUAUCCCGAGCCGGAGGAGAGGGUUACAAUCGCAGACGCGUUGGCGCAACUUCAAAAGAGGGAAAAGCUGGGAGCCGUCGACCACAGCAAAAUUGACUACCAACCUUUCACCAAGAACUUUUACGUUGAGGUGCCCGAAAUCGCCAAAAUGACCAAGGAACAGGUGAAAAAUUACAGACAGGAGUUAGAGAAUAUCCAUGUUAGGGGUAAAGAGUGUCCCAAGCCGAUCAAAACCUGGGUGCAAGCAGGUAUCUCUGCCCGGCUCCUGAACUGUCUGAAAAAGAGCGGCUUUGAGAAGCCCACGCCCAUCCAGUGUCAAUCCUUGCCCGUGAUCAUGUCGGGUCGUGACAUGAUUGGGAUAGCAAAGACCGGCAGCGGCAAGACGCUAGCCUUCCUUGUACCCAUGGCGCGUCAUUUGGAGCAUCAGCCACCGCUUGAGCCGGGUGAUGGGCCAAUUGCUAUCCUGCUGACUCCCACUCGCGAACUCGCUCUGCAGACCUACAAGGAGGCCAAGAGGCUGGGCCAGACCUGCGGAUUCCGCUGUGUCUGCGUCUAUGGUGGGACGGGCAUAUCGGAACAAAUCGCUGACCUGAAGAGAGGCGCCGAGGUUAUCGUGUGCACGCCUGGACGCAUGAUUGACAUGCUGGCGGCCAAUGGGGGUCGAGUAACCAACCUCAGGAGGACAACUUACGUGGUGCUUGACGAGGCAGACCGCAUGUUUGAUUUGGGUUUUGAGCCGCAGGUUAUGCGCAUUGUUGACAACUGCCGACCCGACCGACAGACAGUCAUGUUCUCCGCCACGUUUCCCCGCCAAAUGGAGGUGCUCGCUCGAAAAGCCCUCACCAUGCCCAUCGAGGUGCAGGUUGGAGGCCGCUCAGUUGUUUGCUCCGAUGUUACCCAGAAAGUCGCGGUACUUCAGACAGAGGAGGAAAAGGUGAUGAAGCUGCUCGAGUUGCUGGGGAUCUACCAGGAACAGGGAUCUGUUCUUGUUUUUGUCGAAAAGCAGGAGAGCGCCGACGAGCUGAUGCGAGUGCUAAUGAACUACGGCUAUCCCUGCCUCUCACUGCAUGGUGGCAUCGACCAGUACGACCGUGAUUCCGUCAUCACCGACUUCAAGCGGGGUAACAUCCGCCUGUUGAUCGCCACCUCCGUAGCUGCUCGGGGCCUGGAUGUGGCAGACUUAGUGCUUGUUGUCAAUUACGACUGUCCGAAUCAUUACGAAGACUACGUCCAUCGGUGUGGCCGAACUGGUCGUGCAGGCAAUAAGGGCGUCGCAUUCACCUUCAUUACGCCCGACCAGGAGAAGAACUCCGCGGACCUGGUGAAGGCCUUCAAUGUCAGCGGUCAGAUGGUGCCCGAGGAUCUCUACCUCAUGUUCCAGGCUUACAAGGAACGCAUGCUGAUGGAAGGCAAGAAGGUCUACAGCGGUGGUUCGGGUUUCCGUGGAAAGGGCUUCCGUUUCGACGAGGUUGAGGCUCAGUUGGCCAACGACAAGCGACGCUUUGCCAAGGCAGCUCUCGGAAUCGAUGACUCAGACGAUGAGGGUGGCGAGGGCGGUGGUGCCGGUGGAGUCGAUUGGGAUAGCAAAAUUGAGGACAUGUUCAGCUCCAAGCGCAAAGUCAUUGAUGUAGCCAAGUCGGCCGCAGAUGGCACUGGACAACCAGGCGGAUCGUCAGAUGCCCUUGAUCCGAAAAUAGCCGCGCAGCUGGAGUUGGCGCGCCAGAAGGCGAAUCAGGUCGCUCUUAAAGGCGGCAUCGGCGCCUCCUCAAAGCUCGGCGGUAUCGGCGGGAUUCUCGGUGGUGGUGUCGGUGGCGUAGGUGUUGGUGGUGGUGCUUCGAACGCCAGUCGCACUGCUGCCGAGCUGGCCGCCGAGCGACUCAACGCCAAACUCGGCUACUCAAAGUCUUCCGCCAAUGGCGACGGGGACGGUGAGGGUGUGGGCUCUGGUAGUGCCACUAACCCGACGGACUUUGUGAGAAGAUACGAAGAAGAAUUGGAGAUUAACGACUUUCCGCAGAACGUGCGAUGGCGCAUUACGGGGCGGGAGAUGUUGCUGCAUUUAAACGAGUACUGCGACGUGGGUGUGUCGGUGAGGGGCAUCUACAUCCCCCCUGGCAAGGGGCCCGGCGCCAACAAGGCCAAUCUGGUCGAUUCGGCCGACGAGCGGCCCCUCUACCUCUGCCUGGAGGCCACUAACGAGCGCAACAUCCAGCUUGCCAAAACCGAGAUUAUGCGCAUCAUUAAGGAGGAAAUUGUCAAACUGGUGAAUUCCAUUACCCUUUUAACAUGA